GGAUAAUUGCUUUAAAAUUCGAAAACUUACAUCAGACGAUCAGGUAUAAAUUUUAAUUAAAAAGAUGCUUUUUUAAAAUCUUCCUCUCUUUAGUACUAAAUUUAAUAGUAAUUAUUAAUAUUGAUUAUAUAGAUCUCUUUUCAAAUGACUCAAUCUCUUAUUUUGGUAUAUUAUAUUUUCUAUCAAAAAGGUGCAUUUAAAGAAAAUGAAAUUGUAGUAUUAGGUUGGACAUUUAGGGAGUAAAAAUUCAACAGAGGAGGAAUGGUUUGUUGCAAAAUUUAGUUUAAAAUUUUGGACAUUAGUAUAAUAAAAUAAGAAAUAAUUUCUCAAAUUCAGAACUUAAUAAAUGAAAUGAUUAAUUCAUUGUCAAAUGAUUCAUAAAUUUAUAAAUUAUUAAUCACUAUAGAGAAAGAAUAAGAAG